AUGUCCUCGACAGCUGUCCCAGAUGCAAGCUCUGGCGGAGAUAGCGAUGAUAACACCGAGCUCAUCGUCGCGGUCGUCGCGCUGGUUAUUUCUGUACUCGCUUUUGUCAUCGCCAUUCUCCAGGCGCUUCAACAGUAUCUCGGUACCGCGACCGGCUUUUCAUCGUGUAGCGAAGCUGUGAUAGGGAAAUGGGCUCAAUUUGCUCGGCGACAAAUGCUCUGGACCGAAUUCCGUUUUGAAGUCCAGUUUGAGACUCCUGUCAUUUUUGUCGCUAAGCCAGGUAACACCAGAGGUCCUCUGGGCGAUGAUGCUCUCGCAAAGGAGGAGAGGCAAAAGAUCAUCCGCUUAGAUGGCAGCCACGACAACUUCAAAUACACAGAUACUGUUCAGGAAUAUGACGAUAAGUACAGACAGAGUACCCAGCAGGUUGUCCAUACUGCCGACAAUGAAAAGGCUACUUGGUUAGCCCUUCUUAUGGCAAUCGUUCGCAUGGAAAAGGAAUCACGCGAAUGGCAGGGCAAGAAAACAUCCGAGUGGCGUAAAGCGACCGGUCCUCGUCCACCACUAGACACGGCAGUGGCGCCCGAACAACCCGCUACCCAUCACUCAUUACUGGUCUGCAUGCAGAGGAAAAGACGUACCUGGGACAGCAUGCCCAAAGACUUCGCAAAGCCCUACGCUACCACCACAAUAUCUCACAUUGUAGAGAUCGCUGCCAUGCUGGGUAUCCAUUGGAGACAAUUUGACCUCAACAACGACCAGUAUCGUGCCCAAGGCAACGGCUUUGUUCUUUAUGGCUCUUACACUGAUGGUCUUGGUAUUUGUUUCAACAUUCAAAAGCAAGGUCCGACAUGGUUUGAGAAGAAUCGCAUCGUCCCCAGUUACAAAGUCAAGCAAUUGUGCUUUGGCAUGGCGCCGACAAUUCUUUACCGGGAUCGUAAGGUUUAUGCAGAUGAGGCCAAGGGCGCUGAGACUCUCCAGCUCGGAAGUCUUUCAGAGAUAGCCAAGACUCUCGUGGUUCUCGGCUGUGACAUCAACACUGUGAACUAUUUCCGCAAAAACACCGACCAGGCUCGUCACAGCCAUCUAUUUGCCAUUCCAUUCGAGAUCCUCGGAAUGGUAGGCGAAAUGUUACAUGUCAAGGACACUGUUUUCCGUAUGCUUCCAAACCCAACUGUCUUCUACUGGGAUCCCAGUACCUUCUCUCUGCCCAAUCUGCUAUCCGAAUACAUCACGUCUUUACGCCUCCUUCGUGAGAAGCACCUGGCAGGCAGUGAACAAAUCAAGAGUAUCUUGGAUUGGGCAGAGACAGACCAGAGGUUCCCACUCUUGCGAGCAGAAGGAUCAACGCUGGACGUGUUUGGCGAAGACAUCAACGGAGCUACUCUAGUCAAUAGCCUCGACCAUCUACGUGCUGGCAUCGAGCUAUGCGACGAAUUCUUUGCCAAAAUGAAGAAGCCGAGUCUUUCUCUGGUCAAACAGGUUACACGUACGCACAUUCAAGAAGUCAUGAGCAUUCUCCACGAGAAGACCGAAAAGGACGACAAGACUACCAACGAGGACACGAAUAACGCCAUGAAUAAUGCACCCAUCACCAUCCACGACAUUGACUCAGCGCCAGCAGACGAGAGAGAAAGUCUAUUGAUGCAAAUGUACUUUGAUCGCGUUCGACCAAACGUCGCUCGAACCAUCGGCCAACAGACCCUGCUAAGCAAGCAUAUGAGAGAAAGACGAGACUCUGUUCCCUCCGACAACGGUUCUAAUAUCGCCAGCCCAAGGUCUGCCAAGAUGUAUACAACAAGCGACGAGGUCAACGAAAUAUGGUGUGUCCUUGUCUUCCGUAUGCUGUGCUGGCUACAACUACAUGACUUUCACAAGAUGGAUAUUCAUAUUACGAAAAGUGAUGCUUAUGCGAGCCGAAUUCCUGUUUACAUUGUCUGA